AUGGCUGUGCCACGCUCAAGGAUAUUGGACCUGAUGAAGGCCCAAUGCCGGAUCUUCUCGCAUACCUUCAAUCCCGAGGGACUUCGACUCGGGAACAAAGUUCUACGUCAACGAUUAAAGGGCCCUGCCUUGGCCUCAUAUUAUCCGCGGAAGAUGGCAACGUUCAAGGACCUGCAGAAAGUUUACGGGCCUGAGUUUGAGACAUACGAUGAAGCGGAAGAGGACCGAUUGGAAAAGAUCAAGAUUCUUAAGGCAAGAGGGAAGGGUGCGCCAAAAAAGAAGAGGACAGCGGCGGACUCGAAGAAGUUCAAGCACAAGAAGAACUAG